AUGUGAGCAGUGGGAGUGGUGAAGCUGUGUGCGGCCGCUGGGGAGACUCGGGCGGUGUCGGUGCUGGAAGAAGAGGCAGCAGCGGGCGGUAGCCGGGCUCCCCGCAGGCUCAUGUCCCAGUCCCGCCGCCCUGAGCCCCGCGUAGUGUGCUGUGUGUACCCCGGCGGGAGGGGAGGAGGAGCUGGGCCAUGACCGUGGAGCAGAAUGUCCUGCAGCAGAACUCGCAGAAGCACCAGCAGACGUUCAUAAAUCAGCUUCGGGAGAUCACCGGCAUUAAUGACCUGCAGGUACUUCAACAAGCGUUAAAAGACAGUAAUGGAAAUCUGGAGUCAGCGGUGACGUUUCUCACGGCAAAUAAUGCAAAGCUCCCUCAGCCAGAUGAAGCCACGUACUAUCAGACCGCGCUCCCCAAUAAUGACCGUUACAUCAGUGUCGGCAGCCAGGCAGACACAAAUGUGAUCGAUCUCACUGGUGAUGAUAAAGAUGACCUUCAGAGGGCAAUAGCACUGAGCCUGGAAGAGUCAAAUAGGACGUUCAGGGAGACUGGCAUUACUGACGAGGAACAAGCCAUCAGCAGGGUGUUGGAGGCCAGUAUAGCCGAGAACAAGGCCAGUUUAAAACGCACCCACACCGAGGUUUGGAGUGACUCUCCCAAUCCAUAUGACCGAAAGCGGCAAGACAACUGCCCGGUGGGGUUAAAAAAUGUGGGAAACACUUGUUGGUUCAGUGCCGUCAUCCAGUCUCUCUUCAACCUGCUGGAAUUUCGUAGACUUGUUUUAAACUACAACCCCCCUGCAAGUGCUCAGGAUGUACCCCGAAACCAAAAGGAACACAGGAACCUGCCUUUCAUGCGUGAGCUGAGAUAUCUCUUCUCACUGUUGGUCAGCUCGAAGAGGAAAUAUGUUGAUCCCUCUAGAGCAGUAGAGAUUCUAAAGGAUGCCUUCAAGUCAAAUGACUCCCAGCAGCAAGAUGUUAGUGAAUUCACCCACAAACUGCUGGACUGGCUGGAAGACGCUUUCCAGAUAAAGGCAGAGGAGGAAAGAGAUGCAGAAAAGCCAAAGAACCCAAUGGUGGAGCUGUUCUAUGGGCGAUUCCUGGCAGUGGGUGUUCAUGAAGGAAAGAAAUUUGAAAACACUGAGAUGUUCGGGCAGUAUCCUCUCCAGGUGAACGGAUUUAAAGACUUGCACGAGUGCCUAGAGGCUGCCAUGAUAGAGGGAGAGAUUGAGUCAUUGCAUUCAGAGAACUCCAGCAAGUCUGGUCAAGAGCACUGGUUCACAGAACUUCCACCUGUCCUGACGUUUGAGCUGUCCAGGUUUGAGUUUAAUCAAGCAUUGGGAAGGCCUGAGAAAAUCCACAACAAGCUAGAAUUUCCACCAUGUUUGUACAUGGAUAGGUAUAUAGACAAAAACAGGGAGAUUACCAGGCUCAAACGAGACGAGAUCAAAAGACUCAAAGAGCACCUAACAGUUUUACAGCAGCGGCUAGAAAGGUAUUUAAGUUAUGGUUCUGGCCCCAAACGGUUCCCUCUGGCUGAUGUGUUACAAUAUGCUCUGGAGUUUGCAUCCAGCAAACCUGUCUGCACUUCCCCUGUGGAGGAUAUCGAUACCAGUGCUCCACCUAGUGGUUCCUUGAUCACACAACCCAUGCAAAGCACAAUGGAACAUCAGGGGCCUUCUUCAUCCAGCGAGCCUCAGUCCAACCAGCGUUCCGUCAUUCACAAACCAUUCACCCAGUCCAGAAUACCUCCAGAUUUACCUAUGCACCCAGCACCGCGCCAUAUUACGGAUGAGGAGCUGACAGUAUUAGAAGGGUGUUUACACCGCUGGAGGACGGAGGUGGAAACCGAUACUAGAGACCUACAGGACAGUAUCGGAAGAAUACACCGGACGAUAGAGCUCAUGUACUCUGACAAGCUGAUGACACAAGUUCCAUACAGGUUACACGCAGUGUUGGUCCACGAGGGCCAAGCUAACGCAGGACACUACUGGGCAUAUAUAUUUGACCACAAUGAGAAGAGGUGGAUGAAAUACAAUGACAUCUCUGUCACUAAGUCUUCAUGGGAAGAGCUAGAACGGGAUUCCUUUGGAGGGUACAGAAAUGCCAGCGCCUACUGUUUAAUGUAUAUAAACGAGCAUGAACAGCACCUAAUACAAGAGGAAUAUGACAAGGAAACAGGUCAGGUGCUGUCUGGGAUGGACACCUUACCUCCCGAUUUAAAGGAUUUUGUCAAAGAAGACAACAGACGGUUUGAAAAGGAGCUUGAAGAAUGGGACAAGGAGCAGCUCAGGAAAGCCGAACAAGAGAAAAUGCUGAUUUCCCAGAAAACCAUAAAGCCGCCUCCAGCUUCCGUGUCUGCUCCUGUAAAAGAACCGGAGUACUUGGAUCAGCCCACAAGAGCGGAGCUGCCUGAAGAGACCACAGAAGAAACCACGAGUGUCAUCAGCCAGGCAGCUACGGAGUCUGAAGACAAAGGUCCAGAGGCAGUCCUGCAAAAGCCCACUGAUAACACCACAGUGCCAGCAGCUCCCAGCCAGCGUGUUGUGGAGGUGGCGAUCCCCCACGUAGGGACUUUUGUUAUAGAGUCAGAGGAGGGGGGUUAUGACGAUGAGGUCAUGAUGACCCCGAACAUGCAAGGUAUCAUCAUGGCCAUAGGUAAAUCCAGGAAUGUGUAUGACAUGUGUGGGCCUGAAGCUGGGUUCUUUAAGGCCAUCAAGACUGAGUAUGCACGCUUAUUGAAACUAGCACAAGAGGAUCCCCCUCCAGAGACCGAUUACCGGUUACAGCAUGCGGUUGUUUACUUCAUCCAGAGCCAGGCGCCAAAGAAAAUCGUUGAGAGGACCCUGCUGGAGCAGUUUGCUGAUCGCAACCUGAGUUUUGAUGAACGUUGCCGCAACAUCAUGAAAGUGGCUCAGGCGAAGCUUGAGAUGAUCAAACCUGAUGAGGUUAAUAUGGAAGAAUACAGGCGCUGGCACAAGGAGUACAAGUGUUUCCGGGACGCCACAAUGUACAUUUUGAUUGGUUUGGAGCUGUUUCAGAACAAAAGCUAUGUUGAAGCUUUGCUUUACCUUAUCUUUGGCUACCAGUACAACAAAGAGCUGCUGUCCAGAGGCAUGUACAGAGGACAUGAUGAGGAGCUCAUAUCACAUUAUCGUAGAGAGUGUCUCCUGAAAUUAAAUGAGAAAGCGGCAGCCAUGUUUGAGACCGGAGAGGUUGAGGAAGUCAAUAACGGCCUGACUCUGAUGAAUGAACUUAUAGUACCGUGCUUGCCCAUCCUACUGGUUGAUGACAUGGAGGAAAAGGACAUUAUUGCUGUAGAAGACAUGAGGAAUCGCUGGUGUUCAUACCUGGGACAAGAAAUGGAGCCCUCUUUGCAAGAAAAGCUUACCGACUUCCUGCCAAAACUGCUGGAUUGUUCAACGGAAAUUAAAGGCUUCAAUGACCCGCCAAAGUUACCCAACUUUUCCACGCACGAGCUGUGCGAGCGGUUUUCCCGAAUUAUGUUGUCACUUAGCCGAACUCCAGCUGACGGGAGAUAAAUUAUGCACCUUUUUCAAGCACAUUGUAUAGACUGUUUUUUUUCUUUUAGUUUUUUUUUAACUCAUGCCUUCCCGUGACAAGGUUUGCUUUGUUGCUGCUAUAGUUUUUAACCUUUUUUUUAUGUGACAAACUGCUAAAGAAAAAAUGACUGUACAGACUUUUAGCCAGACUGCAAACCCAGCUGAGAAACGCAUGGCCCUCGGCUUCCAUUUUAAAAAAAGAAACAAUGCAACCAAAAUAUCGAUGGCGAGACUGCUUUGCCACUUUUCUGUGACAGUAUUACAUAGCUUUUACCUACAAAAAAAAA